GCUGAAACAAAAACGUCGAACGGCUACCGCUACUCGUCGGCUUCCGGAACCGUGCGCGGCACCGAAAUGGUUAGUCCCGAGAAGGAACGCCUCCGGCAGUGA